CAGUGAAAAUGCCAAGAUCUUUGAACCUGGAAAUUCUGAGGAAUGUUUAGAAAAUAAAAAAUUACCAGACCUUAUGUCUCCAGGAACAGAGAGCACAGUUUUUAAUAAAUCCUUCAAACUAGAAAGUCCAGAAGAAUUGCGUCCUAAAAGUGCUGUUGAUGGUGAAUCAAAUGAAUCCAUAUUUCUUCUCAGUUCUCGACCCACCCCUAGAACUAGCACUGCAGUUCUGUCUUCAAAUUCAGCACAGAGAGCUUAUACAAGUCCUGCAGCAAAGGAUAAAAGUAUGUACUGCAGCCAGCAAUCUAUGGAAUCCAAAAUGAAAGAACUGAUCUAUACAGAAUCUGACCUUGCUGUGACUCCUAUUAUUGACAAUCCCAAGAUAGUUAAGCAAACACCGAUGAAAUUCGACACGAAAAAUUUACAUAUACCAGCAUAUACAGCUGAGAAACUGUUAAUUCUGGAACAAACAGAAUGGAAUGACUUUAUGCAACAAGUGUGUCAACUGGCCAGCUCUCCAGAGAAAACUGCAGGAGCCACCAGAAUUAAACUGAAUUUAUUGUGCUAUCUCUGCAGUGUGCUUGGCUAUAAGGAAGUAGCAACAAGAUUAAUUGACACCCAGCUGUUUCCUAUAUUGAUUCAACAGUUGCGGAUAGCUCCAAAUUGGGAUAUACGUGCCAGAUCAGCCCGAGCAAUUGGUUUAUUGGCAUUACAUACAGCUGAACUUAAAGAAAAUGUUCCAAUUCUUGAGGCAGUCACUGUCUUAACUGAACUGAUAAGAGAAAACUUCAGAAACAGCAAACUAAAACAGUGUCUUUUACCUACUCUUGGGGAGUUGCUUUAUCUUGUGGCCAAGCAGGUAAGAUAA